AGAGGCUGAGCUCAUUGGGUCACUCUAAACACCUGCUCAAUACACAGUAUCGGAUGCACCCCUCAAUUAGCUACUUCCCAAAUUCAUAUUUUUAUAACAACCAGAUUUGCGAUUCUCCUAAUGUUAAAAGAAAAAGCUACGAAAAAGUCUUUUUGCCAAGAUCUCCAAUAUUCCGUCCAUAUUCUUUCAUCAAUAUUCUCGAAGGGAGAGAAGAGUUCAUUGGCCAUAGCUGGAGAAAUAUGGUUGAGGUAGCUGUUGUGAUGAAAAUAUUGCAGAACCUGUACAAAGAUUGGAAUGACUCAAAACAGAAGCUGAGCAUUGGCAUAGUCUCACCUUAUGGUGCUCAAGUACAAGCAAUUCAAGAAAAGCUUGGAGGCAAGUAUGGUAACUGUGAUGACUUUACUGUAAAAGUGAAGUCAAUUGAUGGGUUUCAAGGUGGUGAGGAGGACAUUAUUAUAAUUUCGACUGUGAGAUUCAACAGAAGUGGAUCCAUUGGAUUCUUGUCCAAGCCACAGAGAAUCAAUGUUGCGCUUACGAGGGCCAGGCACUGUUUAUGGAUUUUAGGGAAUGAGAGAACCUUAGCUCAUGGUGAAUCUGUUUGGGAAAUCUUAAUCCAUGAUGCUAAGGACCGCUGUUGUUUCUUUAAUGCUGAUGAAGAUAAGGAUAUGGCCAAAGCUAUAUUAGAGGCCAAAAAAGAGCUUAAUGAAUUGGAUGAAUUGCUGAAUGCUGACAGUAUACUUUUCAGAAAUCAAAAGUGGAAGGUUGUUUUUAGUGAUAACUUUUUGAAAUCUUUUAAAAGAAUGAAAUCAAACCAUGACAAGAAGUCGGUUAUCAACUUUCUAGUGAAACUUUCAACUGGCUGGCGACCUAAGAGAAGGAACAUAGAUACUAUUUGUAAAAGCUCUUUGCACAUUAUUAAGCAAUUUAAAGUUGAAGGUCUAUAUACAAUUUGCACUGUUGACAUAGUAAAGGAAUCAAUGUACAUCCAAGUUUUGAAAGUCUGGGACAUAUUGCCUUUGGAGGAUGUUCCAAAAUUGGUAAAACGUUUGGAUGAUAUACUUGUUAGGUAUACUGAUGACUACAUCAACCGUUGCAAAGAGAAAUAUAUUGAAGGGAAUUUGGAAGUUCCCAAGACUUGGGCAGUCUCUUCAGAAAUAAUUCGAUUCAAGAAUCUUGCUGGCAUUAAGAGUGGAAGUGACUUAAGUGGAGCUCGUCCAGACAGUAUGAGUUAUGUUGAGAAUUCAAAUGUGGCUGAAAGUUUGCUUUUAAUGAAAUUCUACUCUUUAUCACCAGGUAUAGUGAGCCAUUUGCUUUCUGACCGUGAUGGUAGAGAAUUGGAUCUUCCAUUUGAAGUAACAGAUGAACAGUUGGAGAUGAUUCUUUAUCCUAGAAGCACCUUUAUACUUGGUAGGUCAGGUACGGGGAAAACUACUGUGUUGACCAUGAAAUUAUUUCAGAAAGAAAAACUACAUCACAUGGCAACAGAAGAAUUCUAUGGAGAUCAUUAUCAUAAGCAUAUGCAUACUACUCAGGAGAAUGAUGUUGAGCAGGUUAUUGGAGAGAAGAAACUAAAUAUCUUGCGCCAACUUUUCGUGACAGUCAGUCCUAAAUUGUGUUUUGCUGUAAAUCAACACAUUUCUCACUUGAAAAGCUCUGCCCUGGGUGAGAAGUUUAUAGGAGGAGGCAGUCUACUAGACAUGGAUGAUAUUGAUGAUGGGGCACAAUUCAAAGAUAUUCCAAAUUCUUUUGUAGACAUUCCAUCUAAGUCAUACCCUCUUGUUUUAACGUAUCAUAAGUUCUUGAUGAUGCUGGAUGGAACAAUUGGCAAUUCAUAUUUUGACAGAUUCCAUGACGUAAGGAAACACUCUGAUGCUCUAAGUCAAAGGUUAAGAUCAGUUUCCUUAUAUUCAAUUAUGAGGACAAAGGAAGUUACUUAUGACAGGUUUAGUUUAUUUUAUUGGCCACAUUUUAAUGAACGACUAACGAAUAAACUCGAUUCUUCAAGGGUUUUCACUGAGAUAAUAUCUUACAUAAAAGGAGGCUUGCAAUCCAUGGAGACUAGUGACGGUAAACUGAGCCGAGAAGAUUACGUUCUAUUAUCAGAGGGUAGAGUUUCCACUUUAAGCAAGCCGAAGAGGGAGAUCAUAUAUGAGAUAUUUCAAAACUAUGAGAAAAUGAAGAUGGUGAAUGGUGAAUUUGAUUUGGCUGAUCUAGUAAUUGAUCUUCAUCACCGACUAAAAAAGGGAAAAUAUCAUGGAGAUGAAAUUCAUUUUGUUUAUGUUGAUGAGGUGCAGGAUCUUACAAUGAGUCAAAUUGCUCUGUUCAAAUAUAUUUGCAAAAAUGUGGAAGAGGGAUUUGUUUUUUCUGGUGAUACAACACAAACAAUUGCCAGGGGAGUUGACUUCAAAUUUGAAGAUAUACGAUCUCUGUUCUACAAGAAGUUUGUAAUGGAAUCAAGAAGCAAUGAACUUGCUGGCAAAGAACAGAAAGGACAGCUCUCAGGAAUUCUUAAUUUGAGCCAGAACUUUCGUACCCAUGUAGGUGUCGUGAAGUUAGCUCAGAGCAUCAUUGACCUCCUUUACCGUUUCUUCGAUCGCUUUGUGGAUGUUUUAAACCCUGAGACUAGUAUGAUAUAUGGGGAAUCUCCAAUUUUGCUUGAAUCUGAGAACAAUGAAAAUGCAAUCAUAAAAAUUUUUGGAAAGACUGGAAAUGCUGCUAGUGCCAUUGUUGGUUUUGGAGCAGAUCAGGUAAUAUUGGUACGGGAUGACAAUGCUCGGAAGAAUAUUUCUUACUACGUCGGAAAUCAAGCUCUUGUUUUGACAAUAGUAGAGAGCAAAGGCCUUGAAUUUAAGGAUGUACUUUUAUACAACUUUUUUGGUUCGUCAAAUCUUAAGAAUCAAUGGCAAGUGAUUUAUGAAUAUAUGAAGGAACAAAAUUUGCUUGACUCACCUAGGUCUUUCCCAAGCUUCAAUGAAGCUAAACAUAACGUCUUGUGUGCUGAACUGAAGCAACUGUAUGUUGCCAUCACUCGUACAAGGCAAAGGUUAUGGAUCUGGGAGGAUAACGAGGAUGUCUCAAAACCUAUGUUUGACUAUUGGAAGAGGAAAUUUCUUGUUCAACUCAAACAGUUGGAUGAUUCAUUUGUACAUGCAAUGCAAGUUGUGAGCACCCCAGAGGAGUGGAAAUUGAAGGGACUCGAGCUAUUUCAUGAAUGUAAUUAUGAAAUGACAACUUUUUGCUUUGAAAGAGCUAAAGAUUUUUACUGGGAGGAAAGGUGUAAAGCUACUGCCCUUAAAGCUGAUGCUGACCGCAUCCGCAGUUUAAACCCUGUGGAGGCUAAUAUCAAACUAAGGCAAGCUGCUAUAAAAUUUGAAGCUAUAAACAAUGCUGAUUCAGCCGCCAAAUGUUUUUAUGAGUUGGGGGAGUAUGAAAGAGCUGAAACAAUAGAGGCAUUGAUAGAAAAUGCAGAUGAUGAAAAGAGCAUUUUGUUGAAUGCCCCAGUAGUUGAGCAGAAUAGGAGUACUAAAGGCAACACAACAGAGGCGGGAUCAGAAGAGAAAUUGGAUAAGGAAAGUAAGGAGGCAUUGCAAGUUCAUCUAGCCUCUGGUUCCCAGUGGCCAGAAAAUUCUCAGAAGAUUGAAAACAAGGGGAAGGGAAAGAAAAAGCCUAAGAGAAAGAACAAGCGAAAUGAAUUCUGGCAACAGAAAGAUGCAGAUGAUGCAAAGAGCAUUUUGUUGAAUGCCCCAGCAGUUGAGUCAUCUUCAGAGGAAGAAGAAUCAUCAGGAGAAGAAGAAGAAGAGGAUGAGGAUGACGACGAAGACCACGAAGAAGAACAAGAUGAUGAGCAAUCCAAGCUGGGAAAGGUUAAGAAACUGUUAGAACCCUUUAGCAAGGACCAGCUUAUCGCGAUUCUCAAAGAAGCCGCUCAGUCUGACCCUUCAGUUACCGCCGAAAUCAUCUCCUCGGCCGAGUCGGACCCCAUCCACCGCAAGAUCUUCGUCCACGGCCUUGGGUGGGAUGCCACUAAUGAAACCCUAAUCGCUGCUCUCAAACCUUUUGGUGCCAUCGAGGAAUGCAAUGUUGUCACCGAUAAAACUACUGGCCGUUCUAAAGGCUACGGCUUUGUCCUCUUCAAGACGCGCGCCGCUGCGCGUAAGGCAUUGAAGGAGCCGCAGAAGAAGAUCGGAAAUCGGAUCGCCGCCUGCCAGUUAGCUUCCACUGGACCUGUUCAGAACCAGCUGGGUUCUAAGAUGAGUGCUCGGCAAUUGUAUGUGGCGAAUGUGGGGCCGCAGAUUGGUGCCGAGAAGCUCAGGGCGUUUUUCGCGAAAUAUGGGGAGAUUGAGGAUGGGCCGUUGGGGUUUGAUAAAAUGACCGGGAAGUUUAGAGGUUUUGCUAUAAUUGUGUAUAAGACAUUAGAGGGAAUAAAGAAGGCUUUGGAGGAACCUGUGAAAAUUUUUGAUGGUUUCAAGUUGCUGUGCUCUGUUAGAAAAAUGGAGGCUUUGGCUGGGAGAGGGGAGUGAAAAAUUGAAGGAAAAGGAGAUUUAGGCUU